AGGACGCAGAGGUGUGCGUUAGCUUCUCCUAGAGACUCUUCAUCUUGGCAUCCGCCUAACGCGGUGUCAGUGAGUUGAUUUCAUGUCUGGUCCGCUCGAGUGUGCGGAUUGCUUGCUGAGCUUCACGAGUUGCAGUCCCGAAGCCUCACGGCUUUUGUGAACAUGCUUUGUGCUUUCCUACGAGUUGUGCAGCGUGUGGAGAAGCUGCCCGGGACCCUGGGCAAGCAGUUGCUGCCACACUCUGUGCUCAGCAGAGCUUGCUUGAGGACCCAGCCUUUGAGAUGGGGGCUGCUGGAGCAGAAGAAAAGAGUGCAUCCUAGGACCGUCCUCGGGUUCACCCAGAAAACCUUCUGGACACACGGGCCGGAGCCCCAGAAAGCAAAGGAGGACAGCAGCAAGCAAGUGUCUGUGCACAGAAACCAGAGAGGGGAAGCUGCCGUCUCCACGUCUCAGAAAGUGAAAGAAGCCGGAAGAGACUUCACCUACUUGAUAGUGGUCCUCGUCGGAGUCAGCGUUACAGGUGGCUUGUUGUACACGAUUUUCAAAGAACUGUUUUCUUCAUCCAGCCCUAACAUCAUCUACGGGAAAGCCUUAGAAAAAUGCAGAACACACCCUGAGGUGAUCAGCGUGUUUGGGGAGCCUGUUAAAGGCUACGGGGAGAUGACGAGACGUGGGCGAAGACAGCAUGUCAGUUUUAUUGAAUAUGCAAAAAAUGAGCUAAAGCGCAUCCGGGUGAAAUUCUACAUUGAGGGCUCUGAACCAGGGAAGCAAGGGACAGUGCACGCAGAAGUGGAAGCGGACCCACAGAGUGGCCAGUUUGAAUUUCGAUAUGUAUUUGUGGAAGUGGCUCCUGCUAGAUCUAUUGUUGUUGAAGAUAAUCGUUCCCAAAAGAGUUAAAAGAAUCGGGCCAGCCUGCUGCUGCUUGCAGAGGACAAAGGGAUUCGUUGCCACUGUGAUCACCACAACUCUUUCAGAAGCUGUUCAGAAAAAUAAGAAUAAAAUGUUUGUCGCACAGAAAGCGUAUGUAAUGUGAGAGUUCAUGAGUUUGGACAAACCAAACUCAGAUUUUUCUUGUGAAAAUCAUGAAAUGUAGCAAAUUUUAUAGCAUUAUAUCAAAUUGCCAAUCAUGGCAGUACUUCAGCUCUAUGUUCGUGGUAAAUUCAUGCACCACAUAAAUAAAAGUUUCAGUAUUUUAUGCUCUUUAAUAUUGUGUGGUUUUUCUACAACCUGCAAAAUAAAAGUAAAUCUAACAAAAAGAUGUCAAAAGCA